GGAUAUGAACUGUUCAUAAAACCCUAAUCUGCAAAAUAUCUGCUUGAAUUAUUAUCCCAAUUCCCAACCAUAGUCAAAGGAAGGAAGCUCUUGCUCUCCCUUAUCCAUCUCUCUCUCUACAAUCGAAAACAGGAUUAUCUCAGAUUUCUUCCGAUCAUGGCGACUAGGCUUAUGUUUGAGAACUCAUGUGAGGUUGGAGUGUUCUCCAAGCUCACCAAUGCUUAUUGUUUGGUUGCCAUUGGAGGCUCUGAAAGUUUCUACAGCACAUUCGAAGCUGAGUUAGCGGAUGUUAUCCCUGUAGUUAAAACUUCCAUUGCAGGCACUAGGAUUAUUGGCCGUCUUUGUGCUGGAAACAAAAAUGGGCUUCUGUUGCCCCACAACACCACCGACCAAGAACUUCAACAUUUGAGAAACAGUCUACCUGAUAGUGUUGUGGUUCAACGAAUUGAAGAGAGAUUAUCUGCCUUGGGAAAUUGUAUAGCCUGCAAUGACCACGUUGCUCUAACACAUACAGAUCUAGACAAGGAAACAGAGGAAAUGAUUGCAGAUGUUCUUGGUGUAGAAGUUUUUAGGCAGACAAUUGCUGGUAAUAUUCUUGUGGGCAGCUACUGUGCCUUUUCUAAUAGAGGUGGCUUGGUUCAUCCUCAUACGUCUAUUGAAGACUUGGAUGAACUUUCUACUCUCCUUCAGGUGCCUUUAGUGGCUGGUACUGUUAACCGUGGCAGUGAAGUGAUAGCUGCUGGCAUGACUGUGAAUGACUGGACAGCAUUCUGUGGGUCAGAUACCACAGCUACUGAACUUUCUGUAAUUGAGAGUGUUUUCAAGCUGAGAGAAGCUCAGCCAAGUGCCAUAGUAGAUGAAAUGAGGAAAUCAUUAAUUGACAGCUAUGUUUAAGUCAUUAAUGUUGUUUCGUUGUGCAUUGCAUUAAUGGCACUUGAUUUUGUUUUAUAAAGCUGAAGUAAUGCUGAUGUUUGGUGAUAACAUGUUAUGUCCUGAACUGAAAAAGGAUCAAGUUUUGAAAUUGGGUUAUCAGUAACUUUUUUAUGAAAA